AUGUCUCUGAUAUGGAUUUUCCUUCUGUUUUUCCAGAUAGUCUAUUCUGCUGAAGCUGUGGAUCCUAAUGAGCCGUCGUUUGUCUCAGUUGAUUCUGGUCAUCCCCAAUUAAACAUCUCAGUGAUCCAAACUCCAGUCUCAGCAUCAGUUCCUUCAGGACAGCGAGUGAAUCUGCAGUGCUCCGUCUACCCUGAGAACCAAUCAGCAGAACUGAGAGUCUUCUGGUUCAGAUCUGCUGCAGGAUCAUCCUCUCCUGAAAUCAUCCACACUCAUAACUUCAGCAGGAGCAGCCGUCAGUGUGUGUACAACUUCUCCAAGAUCAUCACCGAUGAGAGCGAUACUGGAACUUUCUACUGCGCUGUGGCCACCUGUGGGAGGAUCAUUGUCGGGAAUGGAACACCAGUGAACUUGAAGGGGCCUGCAGAUCCCACUGUGAUCAUUCUGGGAGCUGCUGUGGGAGUGUGUGUGGUUGUGAUCAUCGCUCAGGCCAUUGUGUUUUAUAAAAGAAGAAACAGCGAACAAAGCAGUGGAAGAUCUACCAACAGUGAGCAGCCGUGGUCUGCAGUACAGAACUCAGCCAAUCAGGACGGUGAAUCUGCUGGAGUGAAUUACGCUUCUGUUCAGUUUAAAGAUCGUAAAGCUAAAGCGGGCAGAGUGAAGAGGGAACAGUCUGAGGACGUGGUUUACUCUGAUGUGAGGAGACACGCUGCUGCUAAUAAUCGAUCACAUCGCUAAAUAAUAAUACUACACUCUUUAUACAUAAUCCCAGCUGAUGAGUGUACUGUAAUACAUGUUAUUAAAUUCAGUAACACUUUACAAUAUGGGUACAUUCAUUAA